UUCGACACUGUGGCAGAGGACAUGAGGGGUGCGGUUCUGGAGAACAUGUUCAUGGGGGACACCUGCAACCUGAGGCAGCAGCUACAGGCUCUACUACUGCGACCCAGCCAACGUAGAGAGCUUUGAGAUCAAGGUACAGUACUACUACAUCUCAUCUCAGGAUAUUUCCCCAUGUUUAACUGGUCUGGGAUCAGUCUGGGAUUAGGUCUAGCUAUGGUUCUGCUUCAACAGGUGGAUAUCCCAGAUUACUUUAAACAGCCGACUGGAUCUCACGAACAGUGGCACAAGAGCACAACCUAGUGGUCAAAAGUAGGCACGACACCCACGGGUAGACCAGUUUUCCUUGUUUUGUACCAAAUUCAUGAAUUGUCUAUUUGUCUGUGUUUGAUUUUCAUAGGUUUAACAGAAGAGCAUACCAAAGGAUGCCUCAGGUCUGAGUCGAGCACAAACAUCAUAAUAUACUCGCAAAGUUCAAAUGCUAUAAGAUGCUCCGACAAUACGAUGACUCAAAAACCUGUUGUUGUUUUUUAUUACCGGUACACACAAAUCUAACAUUGCUCUAGUCAUCUUUACUUUUUACUUGUUAGGUUGCAUUAUGUAUCUCUCUCAAAGGUUGUGAUGAGAAUUGGAAUUUCACCAUUUACUGUUACCUCGUUGUUGGUAAGGCUCUUUCGUGCAGUCGUCAAAAAAGUAUUUCUUCAUUGUGCGCGGAGGCAGGACCUGAGAGGCUGCAGGCCUGGGAGAGGAAAGGGGCUGCCCCUGACAGCACCACUUAUAAGAACUGGGCCAAAUCCCUCAUAGACAACCCUGCUGUAGUGGAGUAUGAGGUCAGAACUCACUCUAUGGAAUAUAAUGAAAUAUGAAAACAAUUAAUUCAGUUAAUUCAUUGUUUGUGUAUAUAUGACUUAUGUUUAUGAUUAGCUGUGAUAUAGUGUAUUCAUACAAUCUUUUUGAGAUACAGCACUGUCCUAAGACAAAAACCAUGUCACUUCCUGUGAGAAAGGGGUCACCAGCUGUUGCCCAUCGUAGUACACACCAGACAGUGCUGAAUGUGGUUUGACUCCUGGUCCAAAGUACACACCAGACAGUGCUGAAUUUUGUUUGACUCCUGGUCCAAGUACACACCAGACAGUGCUGAAUUUGGUUUGACUCUUGGUCUAUUUACACUAGACAGGUUUCAAUUUGGUUUCCUCAGAUGCAGUAGAUGGUUACUGGAGCUGCUGGGGAGCAUGGAGUGCCUGUGAUGUGUCCAUGAAGAGAAUCGUACCAGAGAGUGCAACAACUCCGCUCCCCUGAGGGGGGGCAAACCCUGCCAGGGACAGGCCAGAAAGGAGGAUGGAUGCUUAAUCUCCAUCCUCCUUUCAUCUCUGUCCAGUUUAUUAUUUAGUACCGGCUCAGACCCCCCUUUGCCUCCAGAACAGCCUGAAUUCUUUGGGGCAGUCUACGGAAACAUUCCACAGGGAUGUUGGUCCAUGCUGAAGCGAUGGCAUCACGAUGGCAUCACGCAAUUGCUGCAGAUUGGACGGUGGUACAUUCAUGCUGCGAACAGCCGUUCUCUCAUCCAAAAUAUGAACUCGCUGCUAUCAUGUUCCAGGGGAUGUUUUUCCACUCCUCAAUUGACCAGUGUUGGUGAUCGCGUGGUGACUGGAGUCGUUUCUUAGUUGAUAGGAGUGGAACCCGAUGUGGUCUUCUGCUGCAAUAGCCAUCCCUGACAAGGAUCGACAAUUUGUGCGUUUCCCGAGAUGCCAUUCUGCACUCCACUGUUGUACUGCACCGUUAUUUGUCUGUUUGUGGCCCUCCUGUUAGCUUGCAAGAUUCUUGCCAUUCUCCUUCGACCUUUCUCAUCAACAAACUGUUUUCACCCACAGGACUGCCGCUGACUGUAUGUUUAGUUUUUUGCACCAUUCUCGGUAAGCCCUAGACAUUGUCGUGCGUAAAAAGCUCAGGAAGGCGGCUGUUUCUGAGAUACUGGAUCUGACGCGCCUAGCACCGACAAUCAUACCACACUCAAAGUUGCUUAGGUCACUCGUUUUGCUCAUUCUAACGUUCAGUCGAACUGAAUGCCUCGAUUCCUGCUUCAUAUAGCAAGCUACGACCACAUGACUUACUGUCUGUAGAAGCGAUCCAUUUUCGUGAACGGGGUGGUGUACCUAAUGAACUGCCCAGUGAGUGUAUAUGCCUGAGUGCGUUUCUGAUUUUGUGUUGGUGUGUUUUUCCUCCGCAGGCAAAAUGUAUGUGUCAAUGAUGAGGACUUUGCCACAGAAGGGUGGGCAGAGGGCUUGCCUCCCAGUGUGGAGGGCUGCCCAAAACCCAAGAGUCCUGCUAACAGCCACCUGACUAACAGCUAACUGCUAACAAAGCUAACAGAGAAAGAGCUAACUAAAGACCAUGAAAAGAGUGCUAUUUCCAAAGGCUCUGGGCCAGCUCUCAGUGAUGUCACAUAGUCUCAGGUGACCUUUCCCUGUCUUUGUACCCUUAGUUACCAUCUUCAUCAUUCUGUCUCGCUCUGUCUCUCUGUCUUUGUCUGUCUGUCUCUCUCUCUCUCUCUCUUUGUUCUUUUCUGUGGCAGAAAGAUAAGCAUUACUAUGAGUUUUGGGGACAUGGAGGAUUUCCUGUGCUUCACAGGGUUUGAGCUGGAGGGUUACCAGUUCAUCAACUGUCGGCCUGAUGGGACCUGGACCCCGCCCACAGGGAUGUGCAUCAGUAAGUCUUUCCUGCUAAUUAUAAUAUAUGUAUAGAAUGUGAACGGAAGGCAUAACAUUCUCUCCAUAAAAAACCUCUGGACUUUGGAAUACAUGUUUUUCCAAUUCAAUAGCUUAUCUAUGACAUCCGUUUUUGUUGUAAUUUGAAACCAAUUUUGUUGAGUAUUUGUCCUCCAUCUUAGGGAAGGUGUGCCCUCCACCUGCCAUGCCUGAGUAGUACAAGGUGGGCCACUCUGUGGGACUCGACUGCACUGAGAAAAGCAUGACACCAUCAGGGCGGGGCUUCUACACCUGUUGUAAGAGUCUAACCUGGGAGCCUCAACUUCCUGAUUACCUGCACUGCAAAAUAGCUAGAGACUGUCUCAAAGGGGUUUUGAAGAAACAUUAGAGGAUGUUGGUGGAAAGUUGGUGUCCUUAUUAAGUCAUCAUAUAGUGCAGGGUUCUUCAAUUCCGGUCCUGGAGGGCGAAACACUUCUGUUUUUUAUUUCUACCUGGUAGUUAAUUGCACUCACCUGGUGUCCCAGGUCUGAAUUAGCCCCUGAUUAGAAGGAGAGGAUGAAAAACAGAGGUGUUUCGGCCCUCCAGGACCGGAAUUGAAGAACCCUGAUAUAGUGUAUCGACAAUCAAGUGAAGAUCACAUGAUUGACAAUAGGAUUCAAUUACACAAUUACGUAAUUGGAUGUUUGUCCUGUCUGUGUGUCUGUCCAGAUAAGCCGUUUGUUCCUAACACUCAAUGUGGGGGAGGAGAGAGGCAUGAUAGUUCCAAAUGUAUCUGCGUGGCUUUCAUGUAUCAAUCUUCAUGAAGUCAUGAAUAAUUUCAUAUUAAUGGGAUGUUAAGUGCCUUUUAAUGUUAGCUAAUCACAUGCAUUUGAAGGCCACUGGAAUCAUUUGGUUCCCAAAUCAGUCUGUUUAUUCUAGAUUUGUCCUCUACUUGGAUUGAUCUUAGGUUUCCAUGUCUGUGUGUGCUCUACCUUUGUAUGUGUUGUGUGUAAUGCAGCGCAUACAAAAUUAGUUCUGCAUCUUCCGUGCUGAAGUUGGCAGUGUUAUGAUGAUGUCCUACUGUGGUUUCCACUCAGGUCAUUGCCAUGGUGACCAGUUCUUCUCCAUGAAUGUGGGUCCAUGUGACAAGGAUGCGGUCAGCCUGGACUGGGCCAAGUUCAGUGCCACCAUGUCUGCCAAGAGCUGUCCAGGAGCCCUGCAACUCUAA